GAGCGCGCGAGAUGAUACGCGCGGAGGGCGCCUCCCGUCACAGGCGGGAAAGAGGGCCGCUUCUGAGAAUUCGGAAAAGACCAAUCGCAGGCACUGGAAUUAAAAACAACACCACAGAAAUCAUGGAAAUAAGUCUGUGUCAGUGAGUGAUUGUGGACUGCACAUCAAGUUAUUGUAAAUUGUAUGAAGAUGUCACAUCUCGCUGAGUCAUCUACUCUGAAGAAUUUGAGGCAUUCACCUGAACUCUUAACAUUGCACUUGGAUACAGUUGAAAAGUGUUAACGUUUUCUGCCAAAUAGACCUUUCUCCCUCGUCACUGUGCCACGAUUAUCUCAAAACCUCGGUUAAUCAAAGUUUACUCGAGUGUACUUUCUGCAAAUGCUUAUAGUGCCUGUCUUUCAAGAAUGAGACUCGCUUGCUCAGGACACUUUAUUAUGUCAAAAUAAACCAUCUGGCUGUACAACUGUUUCUAAUUACUUCCCUGCCUAGACUGUAAACUUUGGGGUUUGGCACCAGUUUUUCCUUCCAGGAUGCUGCCCAAAUCCAGCUUCCAGGCAGCUAAUCAAAGGCACUUGGUGGAGCACAGGGGGAAGGAGCCGGUUUUGGCCAGCUGGAAACUCUGCGAGCCUCCUGGGUCUGUCUGUAUUUCGGACUUUCCUGCUGAACUCCUCAUUUGCUGCUGCCUUGGGAUCUGACCAUGUACACACAGGGAGUCCUCAGCAUGGUGCUGCUUCUGUCGACAUCCCCACUGUUCAUUCUACUGCCUGAGAUUCCACAAAGUUUCUCGCUGUCCCUACGCAAUGGUUUGGGAAACAACUCAUCUUGCAGACUGUCCCAGUCCGAGUCAGAGCGCAGAUGUCGAAUCUCGGGUGGAAAACUGUGCAGUGGCAGAGGCCAGUGCAACUGUGGCAUCUGCAUCUGCCAAGUGACGGAGCCAGGCAAAUACUAUGGCCCACUGUGUGAAUGUCAUGAGUGGGUCUGUGAAGCAUACGAUGGAGAGAUGUGUGCAGGCCAUGGUACGUGUGACUGUGGGAAGUGCAGAUGUGAUGAAGGCUGGUAUGGUGAUGCUUGCCAGUAUCCAAAGACCUGCAACCUUACGCGGAAGAAAAGUAAUGAAAUGUGCAGAAAUUCUCAAGAUAUCAUCUGUUCCAAUUCAGGAACUUGUCAUUGUGGCCGAUGUAAAUGUGAUGACGUAGAAGGCAAUGGGCUGAUCCAUGGUAAAUAUUGUGAGUGCGAUGACAGAGAGUGCAUUGAUGAAGAAACAGGAGAGAUGUGUACAGGCCAUGGCAAGUGUUACUGUGGAAACUGUUACUGUGAAGCUGGUUGGCAUGGCGAUAAAUGUGAACUCCAGUGUGACAUCACGCCAUGGGAGAUCAAGAAAAGGUGCACCUCCCCAGAUGGCAAAAUCUGCAGCAACAGAGGAACCUGUGUGUGCGGUGAAUGUACAUGUCAUGAUGUUGACCCAACAGGAGAUUGGGGAGAUAUUCAUGGAGACACCUGUGAGUGUGAUGAAAGAAACUGCAAAGCACUCUAUGACAGAUACUCAGAUGAUUUCUGUUCAGGUCAUGGACAGUGUAACUGUGGAAGAUGUGACUGUAAGCCAGGUUGGACAGGGAAGAAGUGCGAGCAUCCACUUUCUUGUCCCAUGUCAGCUGAAGAGAGUAUUAGGAAAUGCCAAGGAAGCUCAUCUUUACCUUGCUCUGGAAGAGGCAAAUGUGAAUGUGGCCAGUGCACCUGUUUCCCUCCAGGAGAAUCCAAAAUAUAUGGCAAAAUCUGCGAAUGUGAUGAUCGACAGUGUGAAGACAUAGAUGGCAACGUUUGUAGUGGGCAUGGGAUCUGCUCCUGCGGCCGAUGCAUUUGUCAGAAUGGGUGGUUCGGGAAGUUGUGUCAGCACCCAAGGAAGUGCAAUAUGACUGAAAAUGAGAGCAGAAGUUUUUGUGAGUCAGCGGAUGGCAUAUUGUGCUCAGGAAAGGGUUCUUGCCACUGUGGAAAGUGCAUCUGUUCACCACAGGAAUGGUACAUUACAGGGGAAUUCUGUGAAUGCGAUGAUAGAGACUGUGACAAACAUGAUGGCCUCAUUUGCACAGGAAAUGGUAUAUGUAGCUGUGGAAAUUGUGAGUGCUGGGAAGGUUGGACUGGAAAUGCUUGCGAAAUCUGGCUUGGGAUAGAAUACCCCUAACACCGCCACGGAACACUGAAGAUCAAAGGAUUUCUGGUGUGGUGUUCUGGUUGGAUUUGCAGGCUGUUUUUUUAAAACUGGGCUGCUAGAAUAUUUACAUGCAAGGCAAACAUUAAAAGAGACGCAUAAACGCACACACCCACCACUGGAAAUAAUUCAGAACACCAGAACAUUUAUUCAACAAAUAAAAUAAAAGCAAAACACUUAUCUGUUGAUCUGCUAUCCAUGUAAACAUUGGGAGCAGGAUGAGAACAUCCACUGUUACAAAUAAUAUGGCAUAACCUGAAAGAGUGUCACAAUUAAUAUUUGCUGGAAAUUGCACAAACACUUGUAUAAGGUGCCUGGAUUAUUGAAUUUAAGCUUCAUUGUACAGUGAUAACCAUAUUAGUAUGAAAAAUAUCUUCCUGGUUGAAGAGUAAAUGAAAAGUCUGAAGGGAAAGAUGAAUGGCCCCUUUGAUCCUCAUAAUCCUACUCGCUCAUUUGCAUUUUCUGCUCAACACUUAGCUAGCUCUGCAGACAUCUCUUCUGCCUUGUUAACCCAUCACUUUCAAUUUCUAGUUAACUCUCUGUAAGAAAAGGUAUGUAUGGAAGACUCUCCCACCAUGCACAAAAGUCUCUCCUGUUUUUUCCUCAUAUUUUAGAAUUGUGACUGAGCUGGGAAACCUAUUUACCUUCUUUUGUGUCUUAAUUUUUUAAAAAAAUACGUCUAAAAAUGGUUUCCAUCACAGUGGUCUUCAAUACAGUGUUUCAAUGCUGUUCUCCUCAGUGCUGUUUUCUUUCUCCUUGGCCAGCCUUUUUGAUUUGGUCCUACAGGAUGCGAUGCGAUUUAGCCAGUCAAGCUUUUGAUUGAUAAUCUGAUAUGAUAAUAAUGAGGAACCUUUGUAGACAAAACUUACCUGGACUAAAUGGCAAUAUAGUUGUUUGAACUCAAGUCCUGUUGACGUGAAGAUGGAGGAGGAGGAAGAUGCUGGCAAGGAACAGCAACACCGAUGGUACCAAAGAACAGCAAGGACAACAAGUGGCAUCUAAUAGUUGUGAAAUGAUGGAAAUAUUUGGUAAGAUUAAUAUCUUUCAGAAAUGUGUUUAGUGCCAUCAAGUGCAUUACGUGCAAGUAGGUUUUCAAAAUAGAGGAUACUGAUUGCAGCCCUAGAAGGAAAUAUGCCUGGAUGAAUGAUUUGUAAGGGCUCCUAGUCUGGGCUAUCGGAAUUUCUUUUCAGGCAAACAGAAAUGAAGUAGCAAUAGUAAUUCUACAGUUCAUUAAUAUGUACAUUGGUCUGGCCAAUUCUCUCUUCUCCAGUCUAUCGGAGAUCCAAGAAGAAAAUAAUGGCGUUGCCCAGAGAAAACUGAUUGAUCUCAUGUAAGCAAGUUGUUGCAUAAAAGGAUUUCUACAUGGAAACCCAUGCUGCCAAGAACAAUUUCAAAGCUAUCUCUGCAAGGUCACCCGGCCCAGUUUCCCCCAAGGCAUAUACUGUACAGCUUUAAACCUAGUCAUUUUUGUUUGCCAUAUACUACAACCAAUGGAAAAUUUCAAGAUAUUGUGCAAAGCUGACAUAUAAUUGAGUUAUCUAUGUCUGCUCUUCAGAGAGGAAAACUGCUUGGAAGAACAACUAAUUGUGGAGGGGGAAAGCUGAGCUGGAAACUAUCUUAACGCCAUGUUAUCUGAGCAUAUACGUGGCUAGCAAUACACUUAUGAAUCACUGCCAAUUACCUUAUAUAACUGAUUAUUUUCCAGCUCAAAUAACAAGAUAAUCAGUGCCAUUAUAAUCCAUGCUUCUAGUUGUUUUCAACUAGCUUUCCUUCGCUGUAAUUGGAAAUAACUAUGACAAAGUAUUUCCAGGAUGUUCAAAAUUCUGCUAAAGUUUCUGAAGAGAUUAUGGGUCUUACUUGACCAUAUCCUAUAAUAAGGAGUUUCAUAUCUGUUACACUGAUAUGGUAUUUUUAACAAAAUAAGCUGCGUCUAUUGUGGAUCCACUUCAAUAUGUAAAAAUGUACAUGAGUAGUCAUUAUGAAUACAAGAAUACAGCAUGUUUCUCAUGUGAAAUUUUAUUACUUUGCAACUGUCAUCUCAUACAGAUCUGGCCUGCCCUAUGCUUCAUCACCCUGUUGCUUUCACAAUCUCAGCGGGCAAUGAAAAUCAGUUUAUUCAGCUCCUGUGGUCUUGCCAAAAGUGUCUGGUAUGCUCCAUUUGGCUUGACAGGUCUUAAUGUCUGCAUCUGUGGCAUAGCCUUGUUUUACAAUGACUAAAUAUAAACAGUUUUUCAUUUUAGCUUGCAUGUACUGAUAAUCUUACCUUAAGACCUUUGUCUUAAGGUAAGAUUGACUCUCCUUUGUCUUUCAUGAAAAGGCAUACGGAUUAUAUUAAGGAUGCCUAUUACAUAUAUCUGACCGAAAUCAUGUUUUAGCACAGAUAAUGACAUUGUUCUAGACAGUAUUCACUGAAUUGUGCCAUUUUGCAAAUGGGGUGGGGAGGCAUGAAAGUGAAGGGUCACCAGGCAGAAGAUCUGUUCAUCCAGGGGACCCUCUUCAAGGCCUUCUGGUGGCAGCCUCUGUUAUGUUUACCUCAUGGUUACUCACUGAACCAAGUGAGGAUAAAUACUCUAGUAAUGAACAACUGAGUCUAAUAGCCAUUCUAAUUUCCCACAAAGUCCAGAUAAGUGGGGCUAGUCUUGCUUCAAAUGCUUUGGCAACCUAUUUUAUCUUCGUUCAGGUGCCAAGAGUGAUGAUACAGUAUAUCAGGGGCACUGUGGAAGAUUCAAAUGAUAGGUAGAUCCAGUUAGCCAGCAUUACACCAGGGAGGGAUGAAGUCUUAAAGAGGGAUUCACAACAGAUCUCUGGAGACCCAGUUGAGGAUCUGGGUCCCUACAAGCUGACUAAGGAUGCCAGGUGUUUACAACAGCUCUGAAGUCAUCUGUACAUAGCAAGUGACAGUAGACCCAUUUGAAUCAAUGGAACCUAGGGCAGAGUUGACUCACUAAAUCCACACUGAUUCUAAUACAUUUUACAGCCCUAUGCAACAAGAUUUGGGCCAUUGGUCAGACACUUUGCCUGCUUUAUUGCCAUCCAUGACCAUCAGCAGCACUUAGGCAGGAUGUUCUUCUAACCCUACCUGGAUAUUAUGCUAUUACUUGUUGGUCUCCCAUCUUCUGAAAGCAGAUGUAACUAGUGUGGGAUGGUAGAAGACUUGUAUGCAGCCAAUGAUGAUGCCGGAAAUUGAGAUAAUGGGUUUAGAACAGUAAGUGCAAAUAGUUCAGUCUUAGGAACAAUAUAAGCAAUGCUUAUAUUAUUUUCAAAGGUGAAGCACUUGUUCAGUGUGGUGUUCACACGAAUUAUAUAUAUUAGAAUGCACAUCUCUUUGGCAGUUUCCUGUUUUAUUUGCACAGGAUUACUUUGCAUACAUGGAGAUUUGGCAGCCCUUUACUUUGGAGAAAAAAAUUAAUUCAUUUUAUUUUUUUAAAAUGCUUAUAUUUUGUGUGAAAGGAGGGUGAAAGCUAAUUACUUAAAUGUUAGAGAAAGCACUGUAUUCAAAUGUAACAUUUAAUAUAUGAUAUAUAUGUAGAUAUAUAUUUUGCAAAACUCAGAGGCCCAUAUUCUGCUUUUGGAUGCAGGUAUGAAGAGACCUGUUGCAAAAGAUACAUUCUUAAUUUCUCUAGAAGCCAGCUUUUUUCUUCGCCUUAGAAAAAUCAUCUGCUAUCUAAACAGGAAAAUGCUGCUGUGAAGAAAUCGCUGUUGUGCAAAACUGCCAUUGGUAGUCCUCAUUCCUUGGAUAUUUAAAGCCCUCCCAUUCUAGCAGAUCUCUUGUCCCUUCAAACCAUAAUACAGACGUCUUUUCAGAGCGUAUAUUUACAAGGACACAGUGGAACAGUGAUCUCUACAUACUGGUGCACAAUUAUUAACAGGAGUUAUAUGCAUGCAUAACCAUUCCUCAAAGAUGCUCUCUGUCCUCUUUCUCCCAUGUUUUGCACUUCCAAAAAAUUAUUGAUUACAGUAUUAUUAAAGGGUUUGCAGUGAGACGGUCAUUCAAAAUUCUGAUUGCUGGUGUUUUGUAUAUUACACAUAAAUGACUUUAAACUCACAGACACACAUAUACACAUUUCCAAUAUGCGGAUGUAUCAAAGACCACCAGUGAAACAGUCAUCUAAGCAUUUGUUGGCUUUAUUUAUACACAUGGUAUAAGAUGGGGUUUUUGUAUCCUGACGCAUAUGUUAUCAGUGGAGUAAGAGUGCUGCUUCCCCAUGUCUGGGUCUAAGCCACAAAUGAUAGGAUUGCGUGGGAAAAUCAGUAAGUGUGAUAAUUUGCUGCAUCAACACUAUAUUUUUUCUAUGGCCAGGUGAAUUAAAAGAGAUAAAAGUGAUCAUUCCUGAUUAAUAACCAAGAGGUAUAUUGCACAAAAUUUAAUAUUGGACAGUGAUUUCUGAUUCUUCUCUUUAACAUGAACAGAAAAGUUAUCUGUUGUACUUAGAAAAAUGAUCUUCCUGACUGAGGGAAUUUGGUAACUCUGGUUCAAAAAAGAAAUUUUUCUGAGCUCUGAAAAGGAAAUUCUGCCUGCAGCAAUGCUGGGUCACGAUGUGUCUGCACAGAGAUCCAUGAGGGCAUCACAGAAGUCUUUCUUGCUUUCUUUGUAUUAGUGCAUUGCACAAAUUAAAAUUAUGGGUGUAUCUGAACAUCUAUCUACACUGCAGCCUUUGUAUUUAUAUCAAGUGUGCAUGAGAGCAAGUGCACCCACACUGGAGGCUAUAAAAUGCCGAGUUAGGAAAUGUUUUUUAUUGUCUUGAGUGCAGGUUAAAUUGUCACCUCUCAGAUAUUGUUAAGUGCUGUCAAGUCAGAUUCAACUUAUAGUGA